CCCUCUCCCAUUAUUUCGGCCAAGGAGACCCAAGAGAGAAGGAUAGCUCUUGCAACCUCAUCCUCCAUAGCCAAGAACUGAACUCAAGCUUAAGGAGUCCAAAGAAGGGGUUUUUAAGAAGGGAAAAGUUGGGAAAAAGUGUGAAGGAUUAAGGAACUUGAUUAAAGUAUUUUUGAGCUUCGCCGGAGUUUCGCCGGAAUUGGUCAACGUUCGCCGGAGUUGGUCAAAGUUCACCGGAAAUUAGUCAAAGUUCAACCGGGGGAGCGUAGAUCGCGUUUAAGCUCACUUAAGUUUCAGGUAGAACUUGAAGGAUUGCUACCGCCGCCCGUUGCUUCGGGAAGAUCAAGAAGGGAGACGUGAAAUGGAGCCAAUCGGAAGGAUCACUAGGAGGAACCCGACGGGCCGUGUACUGGGUGGAUCCGAGCGCGGUAGCCGGGGGUCCACUAGGGGAUCAAGAGGAAGGGGCCGUGGAGGCCAACAUCAAACCGUGAGCGAUGGCCACGUUGACACGGAGAGUGAGACCUAUUGGUCUUAUGAGGACUCAACCUACCGGCCGGAAACUGAGCCGGUUGAGACCCCUUAUGAAGGGGAUGAUGAUGACGUGAGCGACGAGGAGGAAAAUGGCUCCUUGGCGAGAAUUGAAGCGCUACUCCAACAAUACCAUCGGGAGCGCGAAGAAAGAAGGGAACGCCGAAGGCGCCGUGCAGGGCAACCUUCGGGUGGGGCUCCAAGAGGAAGGAGCUACUGUGAUUCAAGAACCCAUGUGGAAGCGCAUGGGAGUCGAGGUGAUGGAGGUCCAACCAUAAGGAUCUCCAAAUACAUCAAGGAGGCGAGGGAUUUGGGGUGCAAACCGUUCGAUGGAACGGGAGACAUCUCGGUGGCCGCGCAGUGGAUCAAGAGGCUGAACGAGGCAGCCCUUGACAUGCAACUCACCCCCGAUUUCAAGUUGAGAAUCGCGGUGAGGUUACUUGAAGGGUUGGCAUCCAAGUGGUGGGAUGGAACCAAGGGUAAGUAUGGCGGAAAUGUGACUUGGGAGGAUUUUCGGCAAGAAUUCUUUGCACAAUACUACUCCGACUUUGAGGUGAACGCCAAAGUGAGGGAAUACACUCUUUUGACCCAAGGGGGUAACAUGACGGUGAAAGAACUUGAGCACAAGUUCAGGGACCUUGCCGACCACAUACCGGAGUAUGCUUGUGAUGAAAACCGAAUGGUGAAUCACUUUUGGGAGGCCUUGGACCUGGAGAUACGUGAUAGGGCGACUCAAUUGCCCAAUAUGACUUUCAGCCAAGUGGUUGCUCAAGGGUUGAAGGGAGAAAAGCAAUGGGAGGAGAGGAAGAAGAGGGACGCCGAGGAGGCGAAGAAGAGAAAAUGGGAAGGCCAUGGCCCCCAAGGUUCUAAUAAGAAGGGGAACCAUGGGGGAGGAGGAUCAUUUAGGGCACCGGCACCACCAUCCAAGGGAAACCCGGCCUUCAGCGGGCACAACUCGGGCUCACAAGCCUCAACGGCGCCCAGGUGCAGAAAUUGCAAUAGGAGCCACGGGGGUAAGUGUCGAGACCCUCCUCGGUGCUACCAAUGUGGAGAGACGGGGCAUAUUAAACCAAAUUGCCCUCAACUUGGUGGGAACCGAGGGGUGGGAUCAAGCGGCGCUACCACGGCAAGUCGGAACCGAACCGGAGCACCCCAUGCUAGUACGGGGCAAGGGGGAGCGAGCACAAGCAACGCGCCGUCCGUGAACCAAGGAAGGACUCAAGCUAGAGUCUACGCAAUGACCGAGGCCGAUGCUCGGGCCAACCCCGACUCCGUUGCAGUUUCAGGUAGAACUUGAAGGAUUGCUACCGCCGCCCGUUGCUUCAGGAAGAUCAAGAAGGGAGACGUGGUUCGUGCUUCUUCCGUUCCUGUUUUUAAAACAUUUUAAAUAAUGCUCAUGGAUAAUAUUUUUAAAUAUUUACUUGGGGGCUUGUAUGCCCAUGUUUGCCAAGGUGUGGCAUGAAUACUCGUAUUGAAUGUUUCCGCUGCUAUGAAAGAAUAUUUUACAUUAUGUUGUUUAUGGAUGUACUAUGUGUGAAUGAUAUUCCAGACGCCUUGUAUAGUAUGGAUGUGUUGGACUGCGGUUGACUAUUCGUACUGUACGGCGGAUUGUUGACGUGUCCGGUUAGGUCCGGGGCGUGACAGUAAACUACAAAUGUCAUAAGUCAACGUGAUCAUCAUCGUAAAGCUCAUGUGAAUGCGGUUGUCUCUGUAACUAUGGUCGGGGGCGUUUUCGCUGGCUACGAGGUUGAAGAGCCAUUCUAUCACUUCGUGGUGCCUGAGAAGACCCUACUUUAGAUGUAGAUGUCGUGGAAUACUGAGAGGCAGCCAUAUAUCCAUAGUCUAUUCGGCCCAUUAAAUCAGCACACAAUGCAACAAUGUCUAAGCAUACCUCAUGAUAUCUCUGUACAUCUACCGCCUCAUCAAGUACUGCAGUCGUUCUGUCAUGGAUGGUAUGCAAAGCCGGUAAUGCAAGCACGAUUAUUAGUGACAAACACAUGAAUGAAUAAAUGAAUAAAGUGAUUUUAGUGAAUGUAUUAUGUGUCGUUAUAUGAAGAGCGACUGAGCUAGGCUGAUAAUGAUCGGUGGGUAGAUGAAAACUAGGAGAGGUGAACACUCAUGUGAUGAUGUAAUCUGCAGAUAUUGAGAGGACAAUUGAUGGGGUCUCGUGCACUAUAUACGACGCUUUCUCAUCUCACAUGGUGAUGUACUGAAUGCGAUGCAUCCUUCAAUUUUCGGUGUGCUUCCCUCGUCUGUCGAUCUUGUGUACGUCUAUAAAAGUAUCACAAGGUGCGGGAAUAACCCGGUGAAACCCAAACUGUCGU